AUACCCUACGGAACACAAACUACCGUAGGCUACAUCUAAUCCCAGACUGUCCACAAUGCAACACUGCUGUGUGACUGAAGUAUUUAGGUGAGCAGUCGAGUUCAGUCGCAAAGGCAGGCUGAUUGUCCAAUCGCUUCCCCCAAUAGGCGGUCCUAAUCUCACUGUUUCACACGGCAUCCCCUCCCCAUCCGGGCUCCGCGCUCCUCUCUGGCUUGUCACCGCUUCCUUACCGCCGAACCCGGGACACACGGAGCUGCACUGAUCGCGGUGUCGUUCGGACCGCUGUUGUUUUAAGCGAGGAGCUCUGAAGGCAUGGCCACCGCGCUGUAAUGCUGCGCUGCUGUCUUCUUCCCUCACAAGCUCAUCCAUCCUCAACAUCAGCAGCAGUGCAGUGCUAUGGAUCCGUAAGCUAAACCGCGUUCCCUCACACACACACACACACAUACAUACAUACAUACAUAAAUACUACAGCAGCAGCAGGAGGAUCCGCAGGUAUAGAGAGAGCGCUUGAAAUAACCAGAAUAGAGCCGCAAGGCGACGCGUCGACGGCGGGAGCCGGAAUUAUGAAGCGCUGGCGCCAUGUCUAAGGCUACAGUCAAGAAGCUGCACUGGCGUUCCAAAGUUCAGGAGAGCUUCGUUCCUCUGGGUGGAGCCUCUGGGGAGCUGGGUGUGGCCAUUGGAGGUGGCGCCGAUUAUGGCGAGUUCCCAUUCGUCACAGCAGCACCUGGAGGAGGCGCCACAGUGGGUGACAUCAUCCUGGAGAUUGGCGGCACUCCUGUCCUGGGCAUGACCCUGGGAGACGUUAGAGGGGUUCUAAAUUCGUGUCCUCAUCCCAUUCGCAUCAAAACCGUUUCACCAGGCUCCACUCUGUGUAAAGACCUGAGAUUAUAUUUAAGCAAGUGCUUCACACCUGGAUCCAUGGACAGCCAACUGCAACAGGUCAUACGGGAGAACCUUUACCUGCGCGCUGUGCCCUGUACCACCAGGCAGCCGCGGGACGGGGAGAUCUCCGGAGUGGACUACAACUUCGUCUCAAUUGAGGAGUUCUUCUCUCUGGAGGAAUCAGGAGCUCUGCUUGAGAGCGGCAAGUUCAAAGGGAACUACUAUGGUACGCCACGUCCGGUCCACAUUGGGCCCGAAAGCCCACCUAUCACCUACCAGGAGCACCGCAACCUGCUGAGGAACUUCCGCACACGCAGCAAGUCCCUCAGUAACCUGGAGAAAGCUGUCGAAGAGGGGGACAACAGUGAGGAAGACUCUGGUCUCUCAGCUGGUUCUGCAGGAGCGAGCAGUGCCCCUACUACUACUAUUGUUUCGCCAAAUCAGACGUGGGACUCCGGUGGACCUCGGGAUGGUGGUGUCCCGGUAGAGAAUGGUGCCCGUGGAGGUGCGCUGCCUGAAAACUGGGAGAUGGCAUUCAGUGACUCAGGAGAACCUUACUACAUCGAUCAUAACUCAAAGACGACGAGCUGGCUGGACCCGCGGACUCACAGCAAAGAGGUGGUCAGCAAGACGGAGUUACCUCCAUUCACAGACCAGCCAUCUGAACUGAAGGGCUAUUCCAUCCACACACGUCUCUCCAAAGGGCCACGAGGUUUUGGCUUUAACAUUGUUGGGGGAAGCAGACCCAGAGAAUUCCUGCAGGUGUACAGCGUCACACCUGGAGGCCCACCUGCCCUUAACACAGCGGACAUCCUGGUCUACAUUAACGACACAUGUGUGCUGGGUAUGUCCCACAAGGAGGUGGUGGAGAUGCUGAAGGCUGUGCCUAUGGGCCACAGUGUGGAUGUGGUGCUGCGUAGGGGCUAUCCUAUGCUUUACAAUCCUGAUGGCUGCCCCAAGACCAGCCUGUCUUCAGCCUCUGAUCCCAGCCCAGGGUCUGCCCAGGCCCCACCUCACAAUCCGAACCGUUCCACCUCCCACCACAACGGUUUCUACCCUCGGAUGCAAAAAGAGCCUUUAGACACCAACGGUAAUGUGGCAGCCCCGCCUAGCUACCACAUGCCCAAUGGAAACUCAGUAGACAGAACUGUAGGGAUUGCAGGCCUACCCUCAAAUCUGCCAAUGGCAAGGUCGGAGAGACUGAGCUCAAGCCACAGUGAUACAGAGGUCAGCACUGUCGUCACACGCAGAGCCUCACUCAUUCGCAGCUACAACAACAAUACCCUUCCUGCCCCAUCUCUGGCUCACCAGAACUCCAAGUGUUCCGAGAGUGAUCUGUCCAGCGGUGCCCUCCCUCUGCCGCAGCCUGAGGUAGGAAGUGCACCAGCGCCGCCGGGUGUCCCCAGUGCCCAACGCCCACUCGUGCCCCCAACUGAGCUGCCACCCUGUGGCUUCAAUGGCUGCCCGGCCAGCAACCCCCCUCGGCCUGCCCCAGGCAACCUGGGAUCGCCUGGGGCUGGCACAGGAGGUGAGCUUGUGCCUGUGGCCCUGGGGAGAAGCGAGGGAGGGGGCAUGGGCUUCAGCGUGACAGCAGGUGGGCAGGGCGGGCAGUUGGCGCUGAUCAAGCGGGUGUGGGACCGGCGCCAGUGCCCGUCCCUGCAGCCGGGCGAUGCCAUCAUCAAGAUCAAUGGCGCUGAUGUGCAGAGCCUGAGCUUCGCACAGGUACAGAGAGUGCUGCAAGAGCAUACCAGACAGGGUGAAGUGGUCUUACUGGUUUACAGAGGAGGAAACGUCCCUUCUCCUGUCACCCCAAACUCGUACAACAGCGUUCCCCCACCCCAGGGCCCUCCAGAUUUGAUGUCCCCUUCAUCAGAUGGCCCCACAACUAGCCAAAGCACCCUAUCCCCCCAGUCGCCCUCCAACGAGCUCCCUCCUUUGGUCCAGAGCACCAGCUUUCUGGACUCUGUGCCUGUUACACUGACCAUGGAGCCACGGGACUGGAUGGGGGUUGAGGACGUGGCCGUGCAGGGUCCUCGUCUGCCUUCCUCUAAUGCCCUUGGAGCUGUGUCCAAAACCCAGCCCGAGGGUAGAGGAGCAGUGCCUAGCAAAUCUUUGGAGGUGGAGCUGAGGAGAAGGCCUGGAGAGGGUUUUGGCUUUGUCAUCGCCACACAGGACAUGACGAAUGGCUCAUCGUCGCUGUUCUCUCACAGGUUUGUGACUGUGCGGAGAGGCAGUCCAGCAGCACGCAGCGGUCAGAUCCAGCAGGGAGAUCAUCUGGAGGCAGCGGAGGGCCGCUCUGUGCUCACACUGCCUCACAGAGAGCUGGCACAGAUCCUGCGGCGAGCAGGAAAUACACUCCGCCUCACGAUCAUCCCGCGCUCCAACAACAAUUCCUCCAACCUGACAGACUACACAGACUUUGAUGUAGAUAACAAGUUAAGAAAAGGGCACAUAGCCAAACAAAAGGACCCACGGUAUUACAGUGUGGACCUGGAGAGAGGCCCAACUGGAUUUGGCUUCAGUUUGAGAGGGGGAAGCGAGUACAACAUGGGACUCUAUGUGUUGGGGUUGAUGGAGGGAGGACCAGCAUCCCGCAGCCAAAAAAUACAGGUGAGUGAUCAGCUGGUGGAGAUUAACGGGGACAGCACAGUGGGCAUGACGCAUAGCCAAGCCGUGGAACAGAUCCGCAAAGGAGGACACCGCAUCCACCUGGUCCUGAAGAGAGGAAACGGAUACGUACCCGACUACGGCCGUGAAGGUGGAGCAGCCUCCCCCUCCUCUUUCCACUCUGAGGAACCAGGUGAGAGUGGAGUGGCUUUCUCCUUGCCAAGAAUCAUUGAGAAAGGGGUGGACAGAGAGGCAGAGAGACGAAAGGGGCGGAGAAAAGGAGGCAGCAGCCAAGGAGGAGCAGAGGAGGAGAGGAGAGGCACUCCUGAAAUUGAGCGGGCUUCGGGCGACUUGGUUAGCAUCACAGCGAGCUCCCACUCAGGGAGGAAGAGAGAGAGAGAGAAACCAACCCAGAGUACAACCAAAAAGGCUCCAAAAAGUACAGAGGGGGAGGUAGAGGAUGUGCAGCAAAGAGAGAGGAGGGAGAAGGAGAAGAGGAGGAGUUCAGGAGGCAGAAGGAGCAGAGUGAAAACUGGAACAGAAGAGAGGGAACAGGAAGAGGAAAGGGAGCGGUCAGAUUCAAGAGGGAGGAGGGGGAGAGAUGAAAAGAAGGAGGGAAAAAGGAAGGGAAAAAUAGAAAACAAAAAUGAUGUCCCUGAGGGCGCAGAAGAGGUCACUGGGGUCACACAGAAAGCACCCUUCUCCUUCCUCAUGUCUCUGGAUGACGAAGGUAAUCUUUCUGACGCCGACUCUGCACUCAGUUUUUCGGAAGUCAGCGUGUCUGCAGCUAGCAUCUCGUUUGCAGGGGCACAGUGGCCCCUUGACCCCAGAGACCUCAGCAACUCCCAUGAGAUCCCUGACACCCCAAACCUCACCCCAGGCCCAUGGCUCGUCCCCAGCCCCCAUAAACUCUCUCAGGUCUUAGAAGGAAACCGGCUGAGCCAACAUUCAGGAGGCCUGUGGUUCUGAAAAGCUUAUUCUCUCUGAACUCUCUCUCUCUCAUACACACACACACACACACACACACACACACACACACACGCACACACACGCGCAUGUCAUUUUCAGACCAGCACACCACCAUCAUCCUACCAGCCCUCCAGCCCACCUUGAAAAACCCCACACCUGUGUUCACAUUUUCAAGAAGAGCCGCUCGAUUGCAACCAGUGCCCAUGUCUGCAGUCCAGGCAAACUGAAAUUACCAUCACCCAGAGGUCAGCGAAACAGAAGGAGAGAGCAUGCUGCCAUCAUGGCAUGGUUCUGAUCGGUUGCUAACCUGCAAGGCAAACCCAUAUGCGUGUAUGUAUUCACAGUGUUGUUCAUAGCAUGUACAAGUUUAUUUUUUAAUCUGGUCAUUUUGACAUUUUUUUUUCUUUUUUAUUUUGAUAUUUUAUUUUCUUAUGAAUGCAUUAAGAUUCUAUUACAGAAAAAAAGAGGAAGAUUUAUUUAAGAUCUGUAUUAGCUGCUUGCUUUUCUGUGACCAGACUGUAACCCUCUCCCCCACUGGGUGUGUCGAUCUAGCUGUCCGUGCUGGGGAAAGGACGGGGAAAGAACUGUUUUAUUAUGAGGCUAGCGAGCCAUCUCAGACUUCUCCAGGUGCCUUCUGCUUCUUUAGCUGGUGUUUACCAAAAAAAAAAAAAAAAAAGGAAUCUAUAUAAUAUAAUAUUUUAAAAAAAAAAUUCUCAAAUGAAGAAAAUAUUUAAUGAAGUAGCAAAGUAGAGAGUGUGCAAUUAAGCAUUCUUCUGCCUCUUGAACUAUAAACCUUUGCAAGACUCAGUACACAAGACAGAGGACAAAAAAAAAAAAUUCUGCACACAUUCUGCAACCGGUCAGCGAGUCAUUACAAGUGCCUCAUGUGAUUAUUCCUUUACGUGAAACACUAGACUUCUCUUAAGAGGUCUGUGUGAAUUCAGGAUCCCAGAGCUUUUGUUUCUCAUGUUUCUCACAUUUGUGUUUAGAACUGGCGUUUCAAAGCCGUUCCAGAUUCCCAGCACAUUUUCAAAAUCGCAGAAAAAGAAACCAAGGCCAAUGAGAUCCCAUUUGCUCAGCCCUCCUCCAGUCUGCAUCAAGACCGCUGUUACCACAUCUGUCACUCACUCUCUAGCUUCAUCUGUUGAUCCCUCGUUUCAGGAGAUUAAAAAAAGGGCAUUUUGAUACUGGUCUUCUAUGCAUUUUGUAAGACUUACUGAUCAAAAUUGCAGAGGCGUUUGUUUUGGUUUUCUUUUUUUUCCCUUCUUUUUCUACUGAGGCCUAGAUUGGGAAUAUUAUGUACUAUCGAAGCGCAGGUGGGAUGAUUGCUGGGAUGUGACUGGCGUGGAACGUAAGAGAUUUUCUGAGGUGAUCUAGUGUCAGACGUACUGCAGCACCAGCUUAUGCAUCUCUCUUUACCUCUGACUGUCUAAGCAAUAAGAGGCCAUCUCCGUGUUUUCCGUUUCAGUAUACGCAGCGUAACUUUACGCCCAAAAAAUAUUCACAACAGAGCAGUAUUUCAAGUAAUUGAUAAAAAAAAAAAAAAAAAAUUUAUUUUUAAAAAGGACAAGCAUUUCAUAAUGCAUUUGUGAGAUUUAGGACACUGGUAGAUGCUUAUGCAGGAUAUGUCUUCUUAUUCAUGCUGUAUGUAAUAGCAUUUAUCGAGUUAAAAGGAGUCCAAACGUAUUAUAAGAAGUAAAGUUUAACUUAAUUGACCUAAUGGAGACCUUAUCCAGCCUACAUGUCCACUUUGUAUUUGAUACCUAAAAGGGCAAAACGUAACAAAACCCUCCAUCGUGUUCGUAUUGAAUUGGGAUGAAUUGUUAAUGUUUGGUAACAUUUUUCAUGUCGGAGAGACGGUACUGUAGCAGAUGCUUCUUGUAAAGCAAAGCCUAUUGUACAUAAAGAGAAAUCCCAGAAAACUUGUAGGCUUUACACCAGAACAACGUUAUAAAUCCUAGUCUGAUUUCUCAGCCACCAACAUAUCAGAAAUACUAUAUGUAGCACAGAAUAUAAUAUCCUUCAAGGUAUGUUUACAAUAACAACUUAUAAUUAAACCCCAGCACACGAAAACAGGCUAAAAGUUCCAACUUCUUCCGUGAUGUAACAUGAUGUUCGGGAAAAAAAGAUUGAAAAUAUUUCAAAGUUGCAUGACUGUUAGAUGUACUCUACGAGCAUCACAAUGUAGAAAUAUUUGUUUUUAUUGUCCUGACCCCCCUUGUUUUUGAUUUGUUUCGGGGUUUUUUUUGUUGUUUUUUUUGACACUUUUGUCAUAAUGUAAUGUGGUGAAAUGUGAAAUGCUUUUUAGUGGCCCUCUUACCCCUCGAAAAGAAAACUUAGCAUGGUCGCACCCUAGUGCUUUUUGUAGCAAACAAGUUAACAGGCUCCUUGCUUUAGCUCCCUCCUUCACUCUAAAACCAAGGCAAAUAGUCACCCACAGUGCCAAUAUACAUAUAAGUAUGCAAUCCAGAAGAACAGUUUUGAACAGCAUGCCCAAUAAUCACCAUCACAAAGGUGUCGGUUUAUUUCAGCCAUUAACCCAUUAGAUACAGUGUAGGUAAAAAAAAUAUAUAACGAUAAUAACAUUAAAAAAAUUGAGAUUGUCUUACAAGAAGGAGCCAUAAUAUGAGCCAAUCAUUGUAUUUAACAAACGGUGCCAUGUUUUGAUACUAUAACUUCUGAGGUCAGUCUACGCGCAGUGCUAGUGCACUAUUGAAAUGCUAAUUAACGAUGUCAUCCUCGUUCCCUUUGAAUAAAGGAAUAAGGCCUUUGUUCUUGUAUGUUUUUGUAAGUGUUGACAGUUGAUAUGUGACAGUUAAGGUUCAGCUUUGAAUUUCAACUUGAAUUUAUUACAUUAGCCUUGUUAAGGAAUCAGCCAUUGUACAGAAGAAGAAAAAAGUAAACACAUUGCUUUCCCCACUAGCGUAUAUAUAUAUAUAUAUAUAUAUAUAUAUAUAUAUAUAUAUAUAUAUAUAUAUAUAUAUAUAUAUAUAUAUAUAUAUAUAUAUAUAUAUAUAUAUAUAUAUUCUGUAGACAGUAGUUAGAGGAGCAGCUGGACAGCUAGGAGAAAGAUGACUGAAGGAGAGGGCACGGCCGGCAAAGCAGCACGUUUCUGCGACGCUUUCUUGUUUUCACAUAGUUCACCACUCAAAACCGUCGCAGGAGUGUACAUGCUUUUGGACAUGCUUCCAGCGGCAUGCCGUGCGUGUGAGUGCUGCUGCGCUGCCGUGUGUAGCUGGUUUAAAAAAGCUACAAUGAUGAAUGCUUCUGGCUCGAAAUAAACUCAGAGAUUAAGGAUGUAACAACACGAUCAUGGGUUGUAUGGCGAGAAACAAAUUAGUCAGUGUAAAUGAGCUUUUUGGGGUUAUAAACAUACCAUCCCAAAGUAGGGAUGCACCGAGAGUUCCACCACCGCCUGCAAAUGAAUGGUGCUGACAGGUUUUUUGGACUGACGAACACAGUUUUCACUUUUAAGACCGAGUACAACAACAGGUUAUUUACAAACAAUUUGUUGUUGCAGUUAGUCUUGAGAAUUUAAUAAUACAUCACUGACAUGUUCAUGCAGUGAAUCAGUUUGUUUGUUGUUGCUCAAAACAGUGGAUCCAGGCUGGUAACCUUGAAUCUCUUUUUCCUGUUUUAGAAGAUAUGCGUGCACCGUUUCUCACACACACACACACACACGUGCACACACACUACGUUACAUUUUCCGACGCUACCUGAUCCGUACUGCACAUGCCAAUGAUGAAUACUUAUUUGUAUUUGCAUGUGUUUUUUGCAGUGCUGGAUUUUUUUUAAAAUGCUACCUGCUAUGCAAAUGAUCAGUGAUGUUAUUUCAUCACCACGUACUGCUUCGGUUAAUUAUUUUAAAUUAUUCCAAAGCAUAAAUUAAAAGGGUAAUUAAUUAAAGUAAGUCCUGCAAUGGUUGAGAAAGUAAACUGAUUAAAAAGAAAAAUAUAUAUAUAUAAAUAAAUAAAUAAAUAAAUAACCUGGCACUUGUUUUUGUUUCAGUCCAGUGUGUCCUGAGACUGGACUUAUUUUCGGUGCAUCACUACCUCUAAGAUGUAGAAGGCUUGAUUAGACUAAAAUACUUGCAUGCUUGAUAUAGCACACCGCUCCUGGUUAUAUCCUAAACCACAGUCUUUACUAUAACCCUAGCCAGAAAUAUAUCAAUAUAUUCCUCCACAACUACUGCCCUCUCCUUUGUUUUCUUUCUUCUGCUUCAGUUAAACAGGAAGAAAAUGUAGGCAGAUUUUUUUUAUUAUUAUUUUUAUUUUAUUUUUUUUUAUUUGUUAACCAGGUCUCGGAUUCCCUCCUCCUGACUUGAAGCCGAACAAGUAGCCACUGUUCUAAUGCUGCAGUUGUGCAGCAGGAACUUUGACUAUAUCUGAGGGUGUGUACAUAGCAGUCCAUAUGAUACUUAAUAGUACAGAUGUACAGGUUUUUAUUCGUUGCUCUUGAUAUGUAUGAAGAUAAUUGUAUUGUUUUUGAAUGCAUCAACAGGGAGUUUUGAAUUAUGAACAAUGAAAUAAUGACAUGCAGUUACCACAAUAAAGUGAUUAAACUGAAACGA